AUGGAAUACAUUCGAACAAACUUCCUUAUUCAAAACGAAGAAAGCUUUGACCCGAAGCAAGAAGAGCUAUUUAAUAACGAACAUUUUGAGCCAAUUUAUCAGGAAGUUUCUUCGAGUUAUGAGCAAGAUUUUAGCCAAAAUUUUCUGCAAAUGUUCUAUGAUUGUCGUACGAAUGUACCCGACGCGUCCUGGGACUGGCAGUGGUGGCAAAACAGUCAAGUGCUAAAGGAAGAGAAUGAGGUGGAAUCAGCAGGAACUAUGAGUUAUAGCGAGGAAGAAGUUCGGUCACCUACAGCUUCCAGAAAAGAAAGGACGGCCUUUACAAAAGCACAAAUUCGCAAUUUGGAAGCGGAGUUUUCCCGCGCAAAUUAUCUCACGAGGUUACGACGCUAUGAGAUCGCCGUCGCAUUAAAUCUUACUGAGAGACAGGUUAAAGUUUGGUUUCAAAACCGAAGAAUGAAAUGGAAACGAACGAAGGGGCCCAAACAUGCAGCGUCAAAGGAUUAG